GCAGUCGUGCCUAAAUUAGCUCUGCCCUCCUCAGCUCUCACAACGCUCUUGUUUUCAUAGUAGUGGAAUGAAAUGCCAUAGCAAGAGUAACACGCUAAAAAAAUAGUAUUUUUCUUCCUAAAUUGCCUCAUCUAUGGAGAAUUCCUUUGCUGAACACCACAUCAAAGGGAUCUUCCACAUUUAAAAGAGGAAUCAUGCUGAAGAAGGAGGGGAAGGCCCAAUCUUACACUGAAACACUGGAUGGAGGAUGGGGAUGGAUGAUUGUGCUUCAUUUUUUCCUGGUAAAUGUGUUUGUGAUGGGAAUGAUCAAGACUUUUGCAAUUUUCUUUGUGGUCUUUAAAGAAGAGUUUGAAGGCACUUCAGAACAAACUGGUUGGAUUGGAUCCAUCAUGUCAUCACUUCGUUUUUCUGCAGGUCCCCUGGCUGCCAUUAUUUGUGACAUACUUGGAGAAAAAACUACCUCCAUUCUUGGGACUCUCCUUGUUACUGGUGGAUAUAUGAUCAGCAGCUGGGCUACAAGUAUCCCCUUUCUUUGUGUGACUAUGGGACUUUUACCUGGAGUGGGUUUUGCUUUCUUGUACCAAGUAGCUGCUGUGGUAACUACCAAAUACUUCAAAAGACGAUUAGCUCUUUCUAUAGCUAUUGCCCGUUCUGGAAUGGGACUGACGUUUCUGUUGGCACCUUUUACAAAAUUCCUGAUAGACCUAUACGACUGGACAGGUGCCCUUAUAUUAUUUGGAGCAAUUGCAUUGAAUUUGGUACCUUCUAGUAUGCUCUUAAGACCCAUCCAUAUCAAAAGCGAGAACAAUUCUGAUAUUAAAGGUAGCAGUUUGUCUGCAGGUAGUCCAGAGGAACUGUGUGGGACAGAAACAUCAUACUGCGAUGAGACACAAGAGUUUACCAUCAAGGACAGUACUAUGCAGAAAGCUGGGCAACCUGUUAAAAGUUUAAUAGUCUCACUAAAUAAAAGUGAAGAGUUCAACAAUAGGCCUAACAGGAACAGACUGUCACUAAUAAGUAAUGAAGAAAGUUACCAGAAAAAGGCUAUUUCAUGGAGCUGCAAACAAAAACUCUAUAUUUCUCUCUUUGGGAAUCCUUUCUUCUACAUAUUUACCUGGUCUUUUCUCCUCAGUCAGUUAGCAUAUUUCAUCCUUACCUUUCACCUGGUAGCCAGAGCCAAAACACUGGGGAUUGAAAUCAUGGAUGCCUCCUACCUCGUUUCUGCAGCUGGUAUCAUUGAGGCAGUCAGUCAGAUUAUUUCUGGAUGGGUUGCUGAUAAAAACUGGAUCAAGAAGUAUCAUUACUACAAGUCUUACCUCAUUCUCUGUGGCAUCACUAACCUGCUUGCUCCAUUAGCCACCACAUUUCCACUACUUAUGACCUACACCAUCUUCUUUUCCAUUUUCGCUGGUGGUUACCUGGCACUAAUAAUUCCUGUAGUGGUUGACCUUUCUAAGAAUUCUGGAGUACACAGGUUUUUGGGCUUUGCUGGUUUCUUCGCUGGAAUGGCUGUCCUUUCUGGACCACCUGUAGCAGGCUUGUUAUAUGAUUAUACCCAGACAUAUACCGGCUCUUUCUACUUCUCUGGCACAUGCUAUCUCCUCUCCUCAGUUUCCUUUUUCUUUGUACCACUGGCUGAGAGAUGGAAAAACAAACAGUUCAAACAGAAAGAAAGAGGACUACAAUCAAGUGAGAGCUUUAAAAAAGAAAACCUAAACUAAUAGCAUCAAUAGCUUGGAAGAAAAGUUUCCUCAUUUGUAAAAUGGAAAAGUAAACCAGAUGGUUUUUAAGGUUCCUUCUUCCUUUAGCAUCCUGAGGAAUGUCUAAUGUCUAAUGUACUAGCAACAAAUUGUUAGUAUUUAAUCAGAUAGGCUAAAAUUUUAAUCAGUUGAAACAACUAUCUAAGGUAUUAAAUGAAAAUCAGAGUGAAAAUAAAUUAAUCCAAACUCUCAAUUGUGCCAUAGUAAUUCAGUCACAAAAAUAUGUGAAAAUGGAAACCAUUUUUCUUAAAGAAGUAUUAAAUAUAGCCAUUGAUUGACUAGAACUCUGGAAUCUUAGUGAAUAUUAAAAACCUUGCUUAGUGACUGGGAUAGCACCCCCCCACACACACAAAGUUUAUCUUUGUUUACUGAUUACAGGUAAUCCUUGUUUUCUUUUGAUUACUGUUUCUUAAAUUUCUGUAAUAAGCAUGUAUUG